GCACGCGUGAUGUUAGCGACAGACCCGGAUGGAGGAGCAGGUUGGUUCCUGUCCUGAACUGAGAUCUGCAGAUCUGUGGGCAAGAACUUAUGAAGACCUUGAGGAUGAAUGUUGGAGAGUUUUGUUGAGUAUCUGCACAGUAUCUGUGAGGUAUGGAGGAUUAUUUCAGUAUUCACCUGUAUCCUGAGGGGAUUUUGUUAACAAUUCAGCUACAAUGUUGAAGAUCAAGCUGCCUCUCUAAACAAGCUGUUCCAGUACAGCUACCACACUGGUGUCUACCCACUAAUAUAGAAGAUUGCUCAGCACUCAAUUGACUGUAUGAAUCCAUUCUCACGGGAGCUGAACCAAUUAGCGGAGUAUCUUAAGGAGGCUUUGCAGCGUGAGCAGCUCCUGGAACAGAAGUUGGAGACGCUGCAGUAUUUACUGACCAACACACAGCUCCUCUCUGACAAUGUCUGGCAGGACACUCAGGCUGAAUGUGCUAAUCUGACGCUGAAGAACAGGGAAUCAUUCCGAUCAGACUUGGAAAUCAGGACUGAACACAAAGACAUGGAGUCAAAUGUUCAGGAGCCAAUAAGUAAAAGCGACCAGGAGAAACUUAUGGAGGUGAAGACAGGAAGCACAGAAGGAGAGAAGAAAGAUGGUGAGGAGAUUCUGGAAGGGAAAGAAAUAGCUUCACCUGACAACGAUGUGGAGGAUGGGUUGAACAGGAAACGUCGAAGACCAACUCUACGGAAAGAAAAAAGACUGCAGGAAUCGAAGAUCCUCCGUAAACAAGCCAUGAUCAGAGACAUGAGUGAGAGAGGUCCCCCAGAGGUGAAGGUGCUGCGUCAACAAGCAAUUGUCCGGGAUAUGAGUGGUGAUUUGCUAUCUGGAGACAUCAAGUCAAACGAAUCAACAUCAAAUGUCUCAACUUCAGGUGAUCCAGAGACGCACAUAAAGUCACCUGACAUUCCAGUCUCUGAGGUGAAAUCAGAAACAUCAAAGGUAUUGGAGGCAAAUUCAACUAAUCUGAAGGCUUCUGAGGUCAAUUCAUCUGAUCCCAAGUCAAGUGAUGUCAAAUUAACUGAUUCCACACCAACUGAGAUUUUGUCAACUAAUUCUAAGACAUUUGAGGUUAGUUCAGUCAUUCACAAAUCUUCUCAGGUCAAACCAACAUGUCCCAAACCAUAUGAGGUCAAGGCAGUUGAUCCUGAGAUGUCAGAGGUCAAGUCAGAUGCUCCCAAAACAUCUGAGAUCAACUCUAUAUAUCCUAAAUCAUCUGAGGUCAAGACAGUUGAUCUUAAUGUGUCAGUGGUCAAGUCAACUGAUUCAAAAUCAUCUGAGAUGGAGUCAGCUUGUUUUAAACCAUCUGAUGUCAAGGCAAUUGAUCCCAAGGUGAUGGAGAUUAAAUCUGCUGGUCACAAACCAUCUGAGAUCAAGACAGUUGAUCCUAAAUUGUCAGAGGUCAAAUUAACAGAUUCCAAAUCAUCUGAGAUCCAGACUCCUUAUCCCAAAUCAUCUGAGAUGACGCCAGCCUGUUCUAAACCAUCUGAUGUCAAGACAAUUGAUCCCAAGGUGAUAGAGGUCAAAUCAGCUGAUCACAAACCAUCUGAUGUUAAGACAAUUAAUGCAAAGGUAUCAGAGGUCAAAUUAGCAGAUUCCAAACUGGCUGAGAUCCAGACACCUUAUCCUAAACCAUCUGAGGUCAAGGCAAUUGAUCCUAAGCAGUCAGAGGUCAAGCCAGCUGAUCCUAAAUCUGCUGAGAUCAAGUCAGCAUAUCCCAAACUGUACGAGGUCAAACCAAUUGAUCCUAAAAAAUCUGAGCUCAAGUUAGCUGAUCCCAUCCCAUCUGAGGUCAAAUCAACUGAUUCUUUUGUGUCUUCUUUCUACCCAACAAAUCUCAAACCAUCCAAGGUCAAACUGCUUGAUUCUGUAAAAACAGAAGUCCAGCCAUACGAUCCCAAACCAUCUCAGGUCAAGUCAGCUGAUCUCAAACAAUCUGAGGUCAAGUCAGCUGAUUCUAAACCAUGUGAGACAGCACCAGUAGAUCCCAAACAAUCCAAGGUCAUGUCUGCUGACCCCAAGAUGUUUGAAGUCAAGUCAACUGAUCCCAAACCAUCGGAGCUCAGGUCAGCUGAAUCCAAACUCUCUACGGUCAAUUCAACCACUAUCAAGUUGUCUGAGGUCAAAUCAACUGCUCUUAAUGUGUCAGAGAACAAGGCAGCUGAUCCCAAUCUUUCUGACGUCAAGUCAGCUGCUCCCAAUGAUUCUGAGAUCAAGUCAGCUGCUCACGUUGAUUCCGAGAUCAAAUUAGCUGCUCCCAAUGGUUCUGAGGCUAAGUCAGGUACUCCCAAUGAGCCUGAAGUCAAGUCAGUUGCCUCCAUGGAAUAUGACAUCAAUUCAACUUCUCCCAAGGUAUCCGAGGUCAAGUUAUCUGCACUUAACGUAUCUGAGAUGAAAGCAACUAAUCCCAAACUUUCUGAGGUCACAUCAGCUGCUCCCGAAGUAUCUGAGGUCAUGUCAGCUGUAUUCAACAUGUCUGAGACCAAAGCAGCUGAUCCGAAAUCUUCUGAGAUCAAGUCAACUCCCAAAGGGCCUGAGGUUCCUGAGAUCACGUCAGCUAUUCCCAAACCAAGUGAGGUCACAUUAGCUGUUACCAAACCAGCUGAGAUCAACUUAACUGAUCCCAAAGUACCCACUGUGAUGUCAGCUAAUCUAGAACUUUGUGAUAUGGUGGCUCGUUUCCAUAGGUCUUAUGACCAAUUAUUAAACAAUCCAGAGAUAUGUAGUGUGAGGUCAGCUGGUCCUAAAUCAUGCAACAAUAUGCUUUGUAUGUUGGAAUUAGAUGAGUUGAGGUUGCAGAUUAAACAGCUACGAAAGGAAUUGGAGGAGACUCGGGAACAAGCAGCCCGACAUCAGAAGAGCUACUUGGAUUUACAAGGUUUGCUGGAGGAACAGCGACUGGUCAAUGUGCAACAAACUGAAAACUUUGCCAAACAGAUCCAGCGUCUCCAAGUACAGCUCCGGUCUGUUCAGGAGGAGAUUGACAGCUUGGAGGAAGAGAAGGAGAGUGAGCUGAUGGAAGCGCAUGAGGAACUUCACUCUGCACAGGAGGAGAUCGUGAACCUUCGUCAGGCAGCUGAAGAGGCAGCAGGAGAGCGGGAAAAUGAGAUUGCCACCUUGCAGGAGGAGCUAUGUCGCAUUCGAGCAGAGCUGGAACACCUUCAGCGGACAACAGUGGAGUAUGAACUGGAGAUCACCACACUGCGAGCAGAGAUACAGAUGAAAAGUGACAGUCAGCAGAAGAAAAAUUCCGAGGAGGUGACCCAGCUCCAGGGUGCAGUACAGUGCCUGCAGGUCGAGUGUCGAAAUCUGGCUCAAGAGUGUCGAGUUCUGCAGAAUGAUAAUAAACAGCUGAGGGAAAGACUGCAGCAAAUGGAACGGCAGAGCCACAGAUCGGUUGAAGGAUUUAAAGUGGAUUCUCUAGGGUCUGAAAGCUAUCGCCAGCAGCAGGGUACAGAGGCUGAGGUAUUGUCUGAGAGCCCACCCAGGAAACCAAAUGGCAAAGAACUAAAAGAAGCAGGACUAAAGUGUCAGGAGGAACCAAAGCUCUCUCAGAAGGAACAACUAUGGAAAUGCCAGGAGAAAUCGUCUGAUAAAAUAGCUGCAAGCGGCCAGGCUUUUGCACGUGAGCAGCCUGAAGAUGGAUGCUUAGUUAGAGGGCCUGAGGAUGGAAGCAAGGGAGAUAGUGUGAUAUCAACCCAGAAGAUAGAAAACCUUGAGCUUGAUCCUAGAGCCCUGCAGAAGCCAGAAGAGAGAGGACAGUUUGAUGAAUUGGAUUUGAAACAUCGACUGCUGCAGGCAGAAGAGAAAGCUCUGACAGUACAACAUGAGUGUGAAGGAUUAAUCACUGAGCUGAGAGCGCUAGAGGAGAGAUACAGGAACAGCCAACAGGAGCGCAGCCAGCUGGAGUUACAGCUCAGGCAGUUCAAGGAGGAAAUCCACAAACUGAAAGGGGCUCCUUGUCAGAAUGCCACUUUUCCUGACCCCCCUGUGCUCUCCUUGCCUGUGAUAGGACUGGUUAUACUGAUGGCCAUGCUGUGGUGCUGGUGGGCUGAGACCUCCCGGCAUUGACCAGAGUCGAACUGGAGUGUGGAUUCCAUUAGAGCUGAUGGUUAUUGCUACAGCUGGUCAUUCUUCCAUAUAUCAGCCUCACUCUCGACUUCUCAACAACCAGAAUGUGUUUGUUCCAUUCCCUCCUUCGCCCUCCUCUC